AUGGAAUGCUUCAUCAAGAUCGCGAAACGAGAGCUUAGCACAGUCUCAUCGGGGUUGCAGGACGGUGAGCCGAGAACUUAUAAGCACAAUUCUCUUAGCGGCAAUCCUCAUUCGGUUCGCGGUGAGACCACAUCACGUAUUCCCCCCUACCAACUGUCUCUUCGAAGUGGAGGGUCAUGUCACCAGCACGGAUUAGGGCUAGAAGCCGAGCGAAGAUUAAGCGAAAAAGGAAAGCAGAACUUUCAAGGCAGUAAAGACUUGUCUCAGCUCACCUCCGUCGUUGUGACGUGGAUCGAGAAGCGAAAUUUCGGCUCGCAUUACGCUAAAUGCUGCAAAGAUGCCAGAAGGCAAAUAGUCGUGACUGUACCGAAAAAUUGUUCAUACACUAUGCACUCGGCGUAA